AUGGCUCCUCCCAAGUCCGCUUACGAGUUUAUUGACUUUGUCAAUGAAUCGCCCACCCCGUACCACGCCGUUGCCUCGGCUGUCGCCCGCCUCGAAAAGGCCGGCUUCCGCGCCGUGAAGGAGCGUCAUGACUGGUCGUCCACGCUGAAGCCCGGCGGCAAGUACUAUGUCACCCGCAACGGCUCGUCCAUUGCCGCCUUUGCCAUUGGCGGCAAGUGGCGGCCAGGUAACCCUGUGGCCAUGAUUGGCGCCCACACCGACUCGCCCUGCCUGCGUCUUAAGCCGAUCAGCCGCAAGUCCAACGUCGGUUUCCUGCAGGUCGGCGUCGAGGCCUACGGUGGUGGUAUCUGGCACAGCUGGUUCGACCGUGACCUGAGCGUCGCCGGCCGCAUCCUUGUCCGUUCCUCCGACGGCAACAUUGUCCAGAAGCUCAUCAAGGUCGAACGUCCCAUUCUGCGCAUCCCGACGCUGGCCAUCCACCUCGACCGCUCGCCCGAGUUCAACCCCAACAAGGAGACGGAGCUCUUCCCCAUUGCGGGCCUUGUCUCGGCCGAACUCAACAAGCCGGCUGCGGACGCCGCCAGCUUCGUGACCGACUCGGAUGACAGUGCCUCAACCACGGCGGCGGCAACGGCGCCCCUGCAGCCCAUGACCGAGCGCCAUCACCCGGUGCUUAUCGACAUUAUUGCCAAGGAGGCCGGCGUCACAGCCGACGACGUCGCCGACUUCGAGCUCGUGCUGUACGACACGCAGAAAUCGUGCCUCGGCGGCCUGCACGAGGAGUUUAUCUUCUCGCCUCGCCUCGACAACCUUGGCAUGACAUACUGCAGUGUCAUGGGCUUGAUCGACUCCGUGGCGCCUGCUGGCAGCCUCGACGACGAGUCGGCCAUCCGUCUCAUCAGCUGCUUCGACCACGAGGAGGUUGGCUCUCAGUCCGCGCAGGGCGCCAACUCGGACAUGUUGCCCGCCAUUCUUCGCCGCUUGUCGGUCGUCCCGGCCGCGUCCUCUGCGUCGUCUCAGCCCGCGUCAGCGACCGCCUUUGAGCAGACCUGCUCCACCUCGUUCCUCGUGUCCGCCGACAUGGCCCACUCCGUGCACCCCAACUAUGCCGGCAAGUACGAGAGCAACCACCACCCGCUCAUCAACAAGGGCACCGUCAUCAAGAUCAACGCAAACCAGCGCUACGUCACCAACUCGCCAGGCAUUGUCCUACUGCAGGAGACCGCCCGUGCUGCGGGUGUGCCCCUCCAGCUGUUUGUCGUGCGCAACGACUCAUCCUGCGGCAGCACCAUUGGCCCCAUGCUGUCCGCCAAGAUGGGCGUCCGCACGCUGGACCUGGGUAACCCGCAGCUGAGCAUGCACAGCAUCCGGGAGACGGGCGGUGCCUACGACGUGGAGCAUGGCAUCAAGCUGUUCUCUACCUUCUUCGACCGCUACUCGGCCCUCGAGGGCAAGAUUCUUGUUGAUUAG